UGAGCCGGUAGACUUAUGUCGUCGACGUCGUCGCCGGCACCGCUGUCGCCGACUACAGAGGGCGAGAGCUCGUCGCGGAAGCGGCGUGCGUCGGGAGCAGAGCUGGAGGACUACGCGGCGUCGCUGUCGCCAGAGGAGGCGGUGGCCGCGGCCGCCCUCCCUGGUUUUUCGCCGUCGUCGCUCAAGAAGGCGCGGCCUGCGCGCGGCGUGCAAGGCUCCAUCCACCACAUGGAGCUGACCAACUUCAAGUCGUACAAGGGCACGCAGAUUGUGGGGCCUUUCAAGAACUUCCAGGCCGUCGUCGGCCCAAACGGUGCAGGCAAGUCGAACCUUAUGGAUGCGAUUUCGUUUGUGCUUGGGGUGCGUACGCAGCAGCUGCGGUCAGCGCAGCUCCGGGAUCUCAUUCACCGGCCUGAAGGCGCAUCUGAGCCGACGCAUGGGGCGAGCGUGGCACUGGUGUUUGAGCCUGUGGGCGGCGAGACGCUCCGGUUCGAGCGGGUCAUUUCUGCACGCGGCUCGUCGUCGUACAAGCUCAACGGCAAGACUGUGCCGUGGGCCAAGUACAACAAGACGCUUGAGGGACUGGGCAUUCUUGUGGAGGCGCGCAACUUUCUUGUGUUCCAGGGCGACGUGGAGGCGAUUGCGUCCAAGACGCCGAUGGAGCUCUCGCUGCUGAUGGAGCACGUCUCGGGCUCGAUCGAGUUCAAGGAUGAGUACGAGGCGCUGAAGCGGAGCAAAGAGAAGGCGGAGGAGAACACCAUCUACAACUUUACCGCAAGAAGACGCUCAAGGCCGAGAAGAAGCAGUACAAGCAGCAGAAGGACGAGGCCGAGGCGUGGCUGGCGCUGACGCAGGAGCGCAAGGCGAUCAGCCAGGAGCAGGCGCUCUUUCAGCUCUUCCACAUUGCCAACGAGCUUGAGCUGCUCUCGGUGACACUCGCGGCGCAAAAGGAGGAACAGGCAUCGGUUGGCUCGCGGAAGGAGCACAUGGCGAGCACGGUGGCUCAGCAGAAGAAGGAGCUGGCCAAGGCGCACCGGGUGGUGCUCUCGCUACAGAAGAAGAUGCUUGGCAUCCAGAGCUCCAAGUCCAAGGCCAAGCCGGGCCUCAUCAAGGCCAAGACGCAGAUCGAGCACGUGACGCGCAAGCUGGCUGAGAAGCGCGACGCGCUGACACGCAAGGAAGGCGAGGCCGAAAAGCAGGCGACUGAGCUCGCGUCGCUCAAUGCCAUGCUUGCCGAGGUCGACGCUCUGGCGAGCGCGUUUGAGGCCUCGCUGCCCGAGGCGCUGCGGGUGGCCGGGGCGGGGCUCGGCGGAGAGGCCGCCGAGGUCGAGGCCACCGACGAGCUCUCGUCGUCGCUCCUCAACGCGUCGUCGCGGCUCGACGAGGUGCUGACGCGGGAGCAGCUGACCGAGUACCACGACCUCAAGGCGGCUGCGGCUGCCGAGACCGGAACGCUGACGCAGGAGCUCGCGUCUGCGCGGCGCAAGGUUGACGACGAACGAUCGCGGCUUGUGGUGAACCAGAACAAGGCCGACGAGAUCCGUGCCCGGAUCUCACUCCUCCGCGAGCAGAUGGGCACGCUCGAAGCUCGGCUGAGCCAGGGCGAGGCGUACGUGGCCAAGACGAGCGCAGAGCGCGAGCGCAAGGCGAGCGCGCACGCGACAAUGGCGUCGCGGGUGGCCAACACGGCGGUGCGGAUGGAGGAGGUGACUGCGCUGCUGCAGGAGACGCAAGCUGAGCUGCAGGAGGUGACUGCGGCGCAGCGCAAGUCGAGCCACGAGGCCAAGCUCGCCGAGGCGCUGGCGGCGAUGAAGCGGCUGUUCCCGGGUGUGCACGGCAAGGUGGUGCACCUCUGCGCGACGCAGCCCAAGUACCAGCUUGCGCUGACGGUGGCCAUGGGCCGGUACGUCGACGCCGUGGUUGUGGACACGCAGGCGACGGCCAUCGAGUGCAUCGAGUACAUGCGCGAGAACCGGAUCGGGACGGCGACCUUCCUUCCACUCAACUCGCUCAAGGUCAAGGCCAUCGACGAGCGGUUCCGGUCGCUGGGUGGGACGGCGACGCUCGCGGUCGACGUCAUCGAGUACGACGAGACCUUUGCGCCGGCCUUUGAGUUUAUUCUGGGCAACACGGUGCUGUGCCAAGGCCUGUCCGAGGCGCGGACGCUGGCGUUUGCGACGCGCGGUGUGCUGACGGGCGUGCGCAAAAAGGUGGUGACGUGGGAUGGGACCAAGAUCACCAAGUCGGGCCUCAUCACCGGCGGCUCUGCCGGCGACGAGGCGUCGACGGCGGCACUGUGGACCGAGAAGCGGGUCGAGCACUGCAUGAAGAAGCGGACCGAGUACGAGAAGGAGCUGGCGGCGCUGGCGCAGGAGCGGCGGCUCAAGACGCAGGCCGAGCGACUGCUCGAGGGUCUCAACGCUAUCGACGCGCGGCUGAGCUCGGCAAAGGCGGAUGUGGCCAAGACCAGCGACUCGCUUGCCGACGCGCAAACCGAGGCAACGGCGCUCGAGGCCAAGCUCGAAGGUCUCACCCCAGCCAUCGAAGCGCUGGCUGCCGCCGUGGCCAGCGGCGAGGCCCGGGUCGCCGAGCUCGAGGCGCAGAUCGCGGCCGUGGAGGACGAGAUGUUUGGCGCGUUCUCGCGGGCGGUGGGCGUGGCCUCGAUCCGCGAGCUGGAGCAGUCUGCAGUGGCCGAGGCCCAGCGGGCGGCCAAAAAGCGGCUGCAGUUUUCCAAGCAGCGCGCCAAGCUGCUCAACCAGAUCUCGUACACGUCUGCGGCAGACCACGGGCCCGAGGUGGCGGCGCUGAAGGCGUCCAUCGAGGCCGACGAGGCGCGCCUGGUCGAGCUGCAGGAUGCGGCAAGUGCUGCCUCGGCCAAGAUGGACGCGCUCCUCGCCGACGAGGCUGAGCUCACCAGCAAGCUGGCCGCUGCGCGCGAGGCCGAGGAGGGCAUCGCGCGCCAGGUCAAAAACCUCAAGGCCGACGAGGUGCGGCUGGGCAAGGAAGCCGUGGCGCUCGCGACGGCCAUCGCGUCGUCCGAGGGCGCGGCCGAGGCGCUCGUCGCUAAGCGACAGGCCAUUUUCCAGCGGUGCACAGUGGACGAGAUCCCAGUCCCGCUCCGCGCCGGCGGCUUCCUCACCGAUGCGGCGGUGCUUGCCGGUGGCGAUGCGGUCGAGGUGGACUUUUCAGGCCUCGCCCGCGCGCUCAAGGCUGUCGACCGCGCCACUGACCGCAUGCCGGCAGACAAGUACGCCAAGUACGACGCCGCGUUUGAAGAGCGCCUCCGCCAAAUCUCCAAGGACAUCGAGACCAUGGCGCCGAACCUCAAGGCCAUCGAGCGGCUCGACGAGCUCGCGGCCAAGUUCAAGGAGACGUCGGCCGAGUUUGACCACGCCCGCUCAGAAUCCAAGGUUGCCAACGAGCGCUUUGCACGCAUCCAGAAGCUGCGGACCGACCGCUACCGCGACGCGUACGACCACAUCGCGCGGGUCAUCGACGAGAUCUACAAGGAGCUCACAAAGUCGGAACUCAACUACGCGGGUGGCACCGCGUUCCUCUCGCUCGAGUCGCCCGAAGAGCCGUACCUCCGCGGCGUCAAGUUCAACGCCAUGCCGCCCAACAAGCGGUUCCGCAACAUGGAGGACCUGUCCGGCGGUGAGAAGACCGUCGCCGCCCUCGCCCUCCUCUUUGCCAUCCACUCGUACCGGCCGUCGCCGUUCUUUGUCAUGGACGAGGUCGAUGCCGCCCUCGACUCCAAGAACGUCAAGCGCGUCGCCGAGUACAUCCGCACCCGCUCCUCAGACUUUCAGUGUAUCGCUGACGCCCUCGUCGGCGUCUACCGCGAGCGCGCUGACGAGCCCGACGGCGCUGCCUCGUCGUCGCCGUCACCCGAGCCCGAGGCCGAGCCGCCUGCCCUCCCCACCUUUUCGCGCACUCUCACCCUUGAUCUCCGCGACUAUGCAUAG